CGAUAAAGAUCUGAUAUGGAUUCCAAUCCUUUUAACAGAUUAUUAUCUGCUGCAGCCUACAGAGUCGUAUAUCCUGAAUCUUUUGGACAAAUGGAAGACAAUUCUUCUUCUGUAGGAAGUGACACCAUUGAUUGGAAUACUGAUGAUGAGCUGGAGAUCGCUAAUAAUAUAUCAUCAUCUUCCUCAGUUUCUAUGAGUACUAAUGGAACUGUUUUAUCCGAAUUCGGGGAGUCAAGUUCUUCUAGCAAUUAUUCUUCCAAGCUACAUCACUUUAUAAAAAUGGGAUUUCCUCAAGCAAUGGUGGCUAAAGUCAUAGCUGAAAUUGGAGAUCAUGAUAUUGAUGCAAUACUUGAUACAUUACUCUCAUACUGUUAUCUUGAUGAGACUCCCCACCAAGAACAAGAACUCAAUGAUUCAUUUGUGAAGCCUGAAAGCAAUUUUGAAAGUGACUUCUCUGAUCUUGAUGACAGUUGUAGUGAUGUAAGUCCUGCUUUUGAUUUUCUUUUUUGUCAAAUAAAGCACCGAAUUCGUAGUCUGUCUUUCUUCUUCAUGUAUUUUAAAGAUGGAAAAAAAAUCUACCCAGUUAUAGCAAUGUGUUCCAAAUACAAAGCAAUUUUCAUUGCUUAUAACAGGGUAGAGUUUCAAAGUAAAAUGUCCUAUUAAAAUUAUUUCUUGAUGAAAAAGAAAAAUCUCGAAAAAAAACCAAAAAGAAAAAGAAACAACGAAGACGAAGACGAAGACGUUCUUCACCUUCCUAAUCCAAUGAUAGGAUUCGGGGUCCCACACGAACCAUUUCGGAAUGUUCACAGAACGCUUCCCGAUGCAGCCAUUGGGCCUCCGUAUUUUUACUAUGAAAAUGUUGCACUUACACCGAAAGGUGUUUGGAAUACAAUCAAACGUUUCUUAUACGAAAUCGAACCCGAAUUUGUGGAUUCAAAAUUCUUCUGUGCAGCAGCUAGAAAACGAGGUUACAUCCACAACCUUCCGUUAACAAACAGAUCCCCAAUUCAACCGCUUCCCCCUCGCACGAUUUUCGAAGCUCUCCCUGGAACUAAAAAAUGGUGGCCUUCAUGGGACAAAAGAGAACAAUUGAAUUGCAUACUUACAUGUAUAGGAAGUGCCCAACUUACGGAUCGGAUCAGAUUAGCCCUAGAAAAUUCGAAUUCGAAUUCCAAAAGUGAGUGCGAGCCUUCGGAGCAAGUGAAGAAAUUCGUUAUCAAUCAGUGCAAGAAAUGGAACAUGGUUUGGACAGGGAAGACGAAGGUGGCGCCACUUGAGCCUGAUGAGAUUGAGUUAAUCAUGGGGUACCCUAUCUACCAUACAAGAGGUGCAAGCAGAGCCGAAAGAUACAAAGGCCUCGGGAAUGCAUUUCAGGUUGAUACGGUUGCUUACCAUUUGUCCGUGCUAAAGAAUUUGUACCCACACGGAAUAAACGUUCUUUCGCUUUUCUCAGGGAUUGGUGGGGCUGAAGUUGCACUACACAGACUCGGGAUUCCAAUGAAGAAUGUGGUUUCUGUUGAGAAAUCUGUAGUUUGUCAGAAUAUUCUUCAGGAUUGGUGGGAACAAACUAACCAAAAAGGGAAUUUGAUACACGUGUCAGAUGUUGAAGAUGUGACAGUUGAGAAGUUAGAGGAGUGGAUUGGGUGUUUUGGAGGGUUUGAUCUUGUGAUUGGAGGGAGUCCUUGUAACAAUCUUGCUGGUGGAAAUAGGAAGACACGUGAUGGACUUGAAGGGGAACACUCUUGGCUUUUUUAUGACUAUUUUCGUAUUCUUGAUGGGGUUAAGUCUAUUAUGGGUACAAAUUAAAUUAGAGGUCCUGAUUUAAUAUAAUAUCUUUGUUUUUUUGAUAUAAAAAAUUAGUCAAUUACCACCA